AUGGCGGCGACCGCGGAUCCGAGGGCGAAGCCGCCGCACGCAGCGUCACACCACCUCAAGCCGUGGGCGCCCCCGCCGCCGCCUCGCACCCACCGCGUGGCUUCUUCCCUCCCGGGCCCGGCAGUAACCGGGGGAGGCGCCGCGCGCGAUCGGCGCCGCUCCUCGUCGCACCGACGUGUCGGCGCCGGCGCCGACGCCGGCACCGUGCAGGAGGAGCUGCCGUGUGACGGCCGGAUAAAAGAUCUCCGUGCCAAGCUCAUGGGCCACCUCCGCGACGCGGCCGACCGCCUCCAUCUGCCGCCCCCGCCCCCGUCGCCGCCUAAGCCGCAGCAGCCCCGGCCGCCGGGACCGGGUCCCGAGCCGGCAGCGCCACCGCUUCCAGAGCCGACGCCGUCACAGCAGCAGCAGCAGGAGGCUACGGCCGCCAGGCCGUGGAACCUGCGUGACCGCAAGUGCCUCCGACCAACGGCACGCGGGGCGGCAGCGGCAGCCGCACUCGACGCGUCGUCGCCCGCGUGGGGGGAGGUCGGCGGGGCGGAGAAGGCGCGGCGCUCCAUCGUGCCCCAGGAGCGCGCGCCGUUCGCGGUGGCGCUGACGGCCGAGGAGGUGGAGGAGGACGUGUACGCGCUGACCGGCGCCCGGCCGCGGCGGCGUCCCCGGAAGCGUCCUCGCGUCGUGCAGCGGCAGCUCGAUUCGCUGUUCCCCGGGCUGUGGCUGACAGAGAUCACCGCCGACGCCUACAAGGUCGCCGACGAGUAG